GAAUGUAUGGGACAAGAUACUUACAUCGCUAUCGGAGCUUCCAAUAGCUCCGAAGCUAUCGACUACUGGACUGAUCUUCUCAUCAAUCAGUACGAAUGUACGCCUCAGGGAUUGAAGCUGAAAAUGGACAACUUCUCCUGUUAUGAGAACUGCCGCAAUGAUCAUUCAUCUGAAAUUGAUAGCUGUCAUUCAGCUCUCGGCAAGAACAUAAAUAGUGGAAUGGAUCUGUGCUUAGCUUUACAAACAAAUGCCAAUUGCAACUCUGAUAUUCAACGCAAGUGCUGUGGAUACAAUGCUUCUGUUCUUGCCUGCAACAUUGAAGUCGCAGCUAGCCGAGCAUCCAGUCCAAUCUGUUCCGAAAUGGGAAAAGUAUCUUGCCCAGUAGCCAAGUAG